AUGUUCGAGGCGCGGCUUGUGCAGGGCUCCGUGCUGAAGCGCGUGCUGGAGGCCCUCAAGGACCUAAUCACAGAGGCGUGCUGGGACCUGGGCUCGGGCGGCAUCAGCCUGCAGAGCAUGGAAUCCUCGCACGUCUCCCUGGUGCAGCUCACGCUGCGCUCCGAGGGCUUUCGGCACAUACCGACCGCUGCGACCGCAACGAUCGCCAUGGGCGUCAACCUGUCCAGCAUGUCCAAAAUACUGAAGUGUGCUGGAAACGAGGACAUCAUAACUCUGCGAGCAGAAGACAAUGCAGAUACGUUGGCUCUCGUGUUUGAAGCACCGAAUCAGGAAAAGGUUUCUGACUAUGAGAUGAAGCUAAUGGAUCUCGAUGUGGAGCAGCUUGGAAUUCCAGAGCAGGAAUACAGCUGUGUAGUGAAAAUGCCUUCAGCAGAAUUUGCCGCAAUCUGCAGAGACCUCAGCCACAGUGAUGCAGUUGUCAUCUCCUGUGCAAAAGAAUGGGGUGAAGUUUUCAGCUAUGGGGAGCUGGGCAAUGGGAACAUCAAGCUGUCGCAGACCAGCAGUAACGUGGAUAAAGAGGAGGAAGCUGUCACCAUUGAGAUGAAUGAGCCGGUCCAGCUGACCUUUGCGCUGAGAUACCUGAACUUCUUCACCAAAGCCACACUGUCGCCCACGGUGACCCUCAGCAUGUCUGCAGAUGUGCCGCUGGUGGUGGAGUACAAGAUUGCCGACAUGGGACACUUGAAAUACUACCUGGCUCCAAAGAUUGAGGACCAACAAGAAGGCUCUUAACUGGAGUCAGACUGAGGGGAGAUCCAGGCAGCCCUUUGGAGAGGACAACGGAUGUGGGGAAGGAGAUGGUGACAUUAGCAAUUCCAGUCUGCUGGAGCAUCAUACGGGCGCUGUUAGGCAUCUUGUGUAGAUACCUCUGUAAAUACUUCACUCCUUUGCAGUUCUGGUGUCAUUGGAAAUAGGAAGGUUGGGUUUUUUCUACUCUGUUCCUGUACCUCCAGUAACCUCUUGGAUGUGUCUUAAGGUGAAACUCCUCACUGGUCUCAGCUGGCGUUGGAGAAGGGUGCAGCAUUUAACAUGAGUCAAAUUGGCGUCCUGGAGUUUC